CGCCACAACGAGCUGCCGGGCCGGAAAGAUCUGAAGGCAGGUCCAGGUAGAGGAGUUUACGCGCCAACGGGCUGCCGUCCGGAGUGGCGUCGGCAGAGGCGGGACCCACCGCAAGAACUUUGUAGGGCCCGUUCAGGAAAGUGCGAAUUUGGCCUUGAGCACCUGUUGGUCCGUGUCCUUCUGCACACCCUGUCGAAUUGUAGCAGCCGUGUUGUACACCCAAGACCACCCGCCAACGCCGCCCUCAGCCACUUCACCGUCACCGUCGGCGACCCCCGCUCCUGGCCAUCCGCCCUCUGCCUCUCCGCCGUCACCGUCGGCGACCCCCGAUCCAGACCAGCCGCCGCCGCCGCCGGACCCCGCGAUGCCCCCGCUUACGGCUCACGCCAUGCGGCAGCUUCGCCCGGGUACAAAGGCCGAGGGUAUGACAGACCCGCGGCUGCCAAGCCGUACGAGAUCGGGCACGAGGCACAGCACAGGACUCAUCUCGAUGCUAGACAGGAACACUCUGGUGUCGAUGCUGGAGGCUCGGAGCGCGGUGGAUAAGGAGCGCAGGGAGCUGGGGGGGGCGGAGGCCGGAGAGCCGGGGGGAACGGGGGCCGGAGAGCAGGCGGGAGCACUCGCAGCAGUGGACCCGGGGGCUGCAGGAGCGGGCUUUCCACUCGCAUUUGCCACGCUCCUCGCCAACCGGGAAGACAUCGACGCCACGCUGCGAGACCAGCGCCCGCCGGAGCAACGCCCUGACCUUCCGCAUUGCCAGGCCAGCGACCUUCGUGUCCCCAAGAGCUACAAAGAGGCCAUGGCGUCGGAGCACCGGCACCUUUGGAGCGACUCUAUGCAAAGGGAGUUUUAUGACUUUUUGGAAGCGGGGAAAUUUACUCCGGCGAAGUAG